AUGGACAGUAACCACGCUGUUUACAAGCACUUCUUAGUGCCCCCCGGCGACGAUGUCGACCACGCCACCAAGGUUUGCAAAUACUGCAAGUUCAAGUUCGCGGGCGGAAUGUACCGCGCUGCGCAGCACAUCACCAGCUGGGCCAAGAUGAGGCGCCGUGAGGUGCAUCUGUGCUCCAAAUCUCCCAAGGAGGCCAAGGACGGCGUGAAGGCGAUUUACGAGAAGAAGAACAAGGCGCGGGAGAAUAAGCGCACCGCGGAGGUUUCGGCAAUCUCGGCGGUCAAUGGCGAGAAGAAGUCUCGCAUGACAGACUUCUACGGCGACGACGCCGCCUGCGCGAAGAUGUCCGCCGACGAGGCGGUGUGUCUUCUCUUCGCCGGUCUGCGCCUGCCGGAACAUCACGCCGACCAUCCCCUCUGGCGCAAUGCAGUCGCGUGCAUUGCGCGGGCGGGAGCUGGAUACACCCCGCCGAAGCGUCGCGUCGUCGGUGGUGCCGGUCUCCAGAAGUGCCGCGAGCGCAUUGAAGUGGCGCUUGCUCCAGUCGCGGCGAGCUGGCGUCGUGAUGGCGUUACGAUAGCGAGCGAUAUGAUGACGGACGGCAGCGGCCGUCCUCAGGCGAACGUCGGGGCCGACAACAUCGUGGCCUUUUGCAUGGAUGGCGGCUCCAACUACGCCGCCGCGUGCCGUGCCCUCAUCGCGGAAUACCCGCACAUCGAGCAGGUUCCAUGUGCGACCCAUGUCCUCGACCUUAUGAUGGAGGACAUUGGGAAGAUGUCGUGGGCGAGGGAGAUUGUUUCCCGGGCGGCGGAGAUCAUCAAUUUUGUGCGGAACCAUCACUUCACGCGCGGUUACCUGCGCAGCCCUCAAGUCAACGGCGGGAAGGGGAAGCAGGUCUUGAAGCCCGCGGGGACGCGCUUCGGCACGCAGUUCAUCGCGGUCUCCCGCCUGUGUGAAGUGCGCCUCUCCCUCCUGCAGAUGGUUCUGAGUGAGGAGUGGCGUGGCUGGGCAACUGGCGCAAGGAAAGUGAGCGCGGAAGCCUUCCGCGUGCAAGUGAUGGAUGAGCCGUGGUGGAAGCUCGCGGAGUUCUUCACGGCCGUCAUGAAGGUCCCCUUCGUCAUGAUGCGCGCGACGGAUGCAACGGCCAAGGGCAUGAUGGGCCGCAUCUAUGACAACAUGCUCGAGCUCACCGAGAACCUGCAGGAUCUCCUCGACGAGCAGGCGGACGGGUUCCUGACGAGGGGGGAGGUGGGGGACAUCACGCGCAUCGUGAAGAAGCGGUGGGAUGAGACUCUCGCGUGCCCCAUGCACGUCGUUGGCAGGAUCCUGAAUCCUGUCAACCAGGAAGAAGGGAUCUUCAGGAGCGACAUUGAGUGCACGCGCGUCCUGAAGACCUACAUCACGACCCAGUACGACCACCUCACCAUCACUCGGAAGGACGGCGUGGAGCGCCGAGCUUCCGUGGUGCUGCAGGAGGGGCUUUCCGCGUUCAUGACCCUGCAGGGAAGCUUUGGCCUGCCGCAGGCCAUUGCUGAACGUGCGGCAGUGAAGGAGGGGACGCAGAGCGCCGUUGAGUGGUGGAAUUGGAACGGCACUGACUUUCCCGAGCUCGCGACGCUUGCUUGUCGUGUGCUCUCGCAGCCAGUUUCAGCGGCUGCAUGCGAGAGAAACUGGGCUGUGUGGGACGCAGUCCACACGGCAAGGCGCAACCGCCUAGGCUCCCAGAAGUGCAGGGACCUAGUCUAUGUUGCGCACAACUGGCAAGUCACGGGGAACAUGGAGGACCCUCCCACUCCUGAAGGCUACACAGUGGAGGAGGAGGGUGAGGAUGCGGAGGAGGGGGAGGAUGCUAUUCUUGAGGACGAGUCAGGCCUGAGUGAGUUCGUGCCCACCCGUGGCCUGAGUGAGUUCGUGUCCUCCCGUCUCAACCCCUCAUUGCCCUCAUCACCGGCGCUAUCACCCCAGGACGCAGCAUCAGCGCACGCCAUUCUCCUCGCCGCCCUGCCCCAGGGUCUCUCGCAUGCCAAGGACGCAGCAGCAGCGCACGCCAUUCUCCUCGCCGCCCUGCCUCUCUGCCUCUCGCAUGCCAAGCUCAGCACGGCCAGAGUAGGCGGGGGAAUGGCAAGCGAGCAGCAGGAGGAGGAGGAAGAGGAGGAGGAUGAGGCAGAGGCAGCAGCAGAGGACUACCGGGAGCAGCUGGAGGAGACGUUGGUGGACGUGAUGAGAGCAGUGGGGGCGGCGAACUACCUUUCAUGUGCCGUACCGGUCCUGCUAGCCUCUCCCAACCCUCAACCGCACCAACUGCUUGCCGACCCUCCAGGGCUGGAGCUCCAGCUCUUCGCCUCCCAGGCUGUUGGCCAGGUGGCGGAUUCUGAUAGGCCAGAAGACGUGGCAUGGGCUUGUCAGGUGCUCACACCAGUGGCUGCCGUUGCAGCUGCUGUUGCCACAGCUCCCCAGCCUUCCAUUCCUCCCCGGAUACAGCCAUGGGUGCACCGGGCAGUGGCAGCCAAUGUGUCGGCAUACCUCUCCUUCCUCCCUCGCGUACCGGCCAUCAUCCCUGCCUUGCUUCAAUCGCUCUCUCAGGGCCUGCUGCCUCCCACAUCGCAGCACGCAGGCACGGCAGGGGCCACACCCACACCUGCCAGGGGCAGCAGGAGGAGCGGCAGCAGCGGCAGCAGAUCGAGCGAGCAGGCCACGUCUGCGUGUGCUGCUGCCCUCUGCGCCCUGUGUGAAGCACACAAUUCCGAUGGCUCACCACCUGCUGCUGCAUCAGCGUCGCCGAAUGAAGGCUUGGCGGCACAGCUGGUGGCUGUGGGGGAGACCCUACACCUGGCGCGGCUACAGCCGAAGCAGGAGGCUGACGUCAUCACAGCAGUAGCCUCCGCCGUCUCCUCCUUGCCACCGUCCCACCUGCUGCUGGCACUGCAGCGGCUGCUGCACCCCGUGCUUGCAGCCCUGCAUACAUUCUCGGUAGGCAGGCUCACCAUUCUGUUGGAGCACAUUCACCUAUCAUCACUCAAGGCUCACUCCAAAACACCAUACACUCUUUUCAUUCUUCCCGGAAUUUCUCCGCCCAGGCUCACCAUUCUCUUGGAGCAUACCCACCUACCAUCACCCGAGGUUCAGAGGCAGGACCCUCACCUGCCACAGUACCUGCAGCAGCUGCCCCCCUCGCUACAGUCACACCAAAUGCAAUCACCAGAUCUGCAAUCGCUACAAUCAGGGGAGACACGUGGGGGAAUCCAAUCUUUCCUGCUGUCUGCGUGCUGGCCGCACCUGCAAUUCCUCCUCGCCCUCCCCUCCUCCUCCUUCUCCUCCUCAUCUUCCUCUGCACUCGACCGUGAUGCCCUCACCACGGCGGUGGCUGCUGCUGCCCGCUGCCUUGCUCCACUCGCCAUGCUCUCAGCUCCAACCUUCCUCCACCGGCAUCCACCCCGGCCUCGCCUCUCUCGAAUCCCCUGCAUGUUCCGUGCCAUGUCUCGCCAAUCUACCACCUCUGCACCUUCCUCCCUUGUUCAAACCGUGAUUAACUCCUUCCCUUCCCCACUACAUCCCAUCCCACCAGGCCCAUCCUUCCUCCCCUGCACCGACUCAGCCCUCUCCUCACUCCAAUCCGCCUUCUCUGCAUCCGGCCCACCACCCGCCCCCCUCUCCCUCUCCGCCUGCCCGCCCAUCCUCCGAGCCUCCGAGACCCUCCUCUCCUUGCAACCGCAACCGCCCGCCACCGCGGAUCAGCUCCAGCUCAGCACGGCCCGUGCCACGUCAGCGCUGAUGUGCUUCGUGUCAGCGCCUGCCAGCGUGGCCCUCAAAGCCCCCAAAGGCGCAGAGCAGCACCCGGAGCUGCACUUUGCAACGUUUCUGCUCGGCCUCGUGCCCCCUGCUCACCUGGCGUCAGGCCCCUCUUCACCCGUGCUCCCACCACUCUCCUACCUCCUGCAAAUAUCAGCACGGGGUUGCACUGCAGCACACAGGGGGGUAUCCGCCUCCUCUUUCGCCUUCAUCUCAGCAGCACACUGGGGGGUGUUUGCGUCCUCCUUCGCCUUCCUAGCAGGUCAGCCACACGCCUCUCUUGCUCCCCGACAGGAGCAGCGCAAGGGGGUCUCCUCCUCCUCCAUUGAACCUCCUCUUGCGGCGGUUGUAGGGGGUGCUCAAAGCGGUGCUGUAAGGGAGUUUUUGAGACACAUUGUGACAUCCCCUCAUUGUCACAAUCACUGUUGUGCUCACCUCCCCCUCCAAUCACUACCACCCUGCCUCCUGUCUGCACCAGCCCUGAUGACAGCAGGGACACAGCAGGCCAACGUUCUCUCGUUACAGUCACACUCGCAGCCACAGGCACGGCAGGGGGUGCCUCCCCUGGUGCAGCUGUGCACGGCACAUGGCGCUCUGCUCUCCCACACGCUCGUUGCUGCCCUGCUGGGGCCUAGCGCUGUUUCACGGGUGCACAAGUGUGUGAGCAUGCUGCAGCAGCUCUUUCACGUGUGCUGCUGUGCAGCUCGAGCUUCCCUUCAUGCACAGGGAAGCACGCCUGGCUCUCCUUUCCAUGAACUGGCUUCCUUAGAGCAGGAGAGGCAGAGGCAAUCCCUCCUUGCGGCUCACAUCCUUAAUCCCUCCUUUACAUCCCUCCUUGGGCCACUCCGCACCUGUUCCCCCACACCAAUCUUACAUCCCCCUCGCCUCUCCCAGCUACCAGCCCUGCCGCCUGGCUUCCUGAGAGCACGAGAGGCGGAGGCGACCCUCCGUGCGUGGCUCACAUUCUCAAACCCUCUUCCAUUUCCCGCAUUGCCCCGUGCCACGCCUCGCCUGAUCCCACUGGCAAUCUUCCAGCUCUCCUCCCUGCCGCCCGGCUUCUUGAGAGCAGGGGAGGCAGAAUCGGUCCUCCCUGCGUGGCUCACUCAGCUUGCCUCUGCUCCUCCGCCUCUCACCGGUUCGCCAUCUGAGGUUGAGUGGGGCAACACCCGCAUGCUGAGGCGGCUGCUGCGGAGCUUUGCGGAUUCGCACAGGCACACAGCUGUCGGCGCAUAA